AGUUUGGCCUUUGCUUCAGGUUUAGCAGCCACUGUGACUAUUACCCAUCUCUUAAAAGCAGGAGACCAAAUUAUUUGUAUGGAUGAUGUGUAUGGAGGUACAAACAGGUACUUCAGACAGGUGGCAACUGAAUUUGGAUUAAAGAUUUCUUUUGUUGAUUGUUCCAAAACCAAAUUGCUAGAGGCAGCUAUUACACCAGAAACCAAGCUUGUUUGGAUUGAAACCCCCACAAACCCUAGCUUGAAGAUGAUUGACAUUGAAGCCUGUGCACAUACGGUCCAUAAACAUGGAGACAUCAUUUUAGUUGUGGAUAACACUUUUAUGUCAGCAUAUUUCCAGUGGCCUUUGUCUCUGGGAGCUGAUAUUUGUAUGUAUUCAGCAACAAAAUACAUGAAUGGCCACAGUGAUGUUGUAAUGGGCUUAGUGUCACUGAAUUCUGAGAGCCUUCAUAAUAGGCUCCGUUUCUUGCAAAACUCUCUUGGAGCAGUUCCAUCUCCUAUUGACUGUUACCUCUGCAAUCGAGGUCUGAAGACUCUACAGGUCCGCAUGGAGAAGCAUUUCGAAAAUGGAAUGGCAGUUGCUCAGUUUUUGGAGUCGAAUCCUCAGGUGGAAAAGGUUAUUUAUCCCGGGCUGCCUUCUCAUCCUCAGCAUGAGCUAGCUAAGCGUCAGUGCACAGGUUGCCCGGGGGUGAUCACCUUUUAUAUCAAGGGCUCUCUUCACCAUGCUGAAACUUUCCUCAAGAACCUAAAGUUAUUUACUCUGGCUGAGAGCUUGGGAGGAUAUGAAAGUCUUGCUGAGCUUCCGGCAAUCAUGACCCAUGCAUCAGUGCCUAAGAGCGACAGAGAAGUCCUUGGAAUUAGUGAUACACUUAUUCGACUCUCGGUGGGCUUAGAGGAUAAACAAGACCUACUGGAUGAUCUAGAUCAAGCUUUGAAGGCAGCUCACCCUCCAAAUGCAAGCUGCAACUAGCAUCCCAGAACUGCUGUUGCUGAUUGCUUCCUGAGACGAUCAAAUCUGAAUAAUCAAAUGGAUCAUUAAUGAGCCUCCACAGAAUUUUCAAAUGAAAAUUUUAAGGCACCUCAUUACCUUUCAUAGCUAUAAUCUUCUUGGAUCAUCCCUGUUUAAAAAAUCUCCUCUUUCCUUUAUUGUAAUUGACAGGUCAAUUCUGUUCAGAUCUUUUUAUUAAUUUUGAUAUACAUGUGCCUCUGAAGGAGGUGAGAUUUGUGCUGCUAUUGGGGAUUGUGUUCUUUUUU